UUAGUCCAAUCUUUUAUCUUCACUUUCCUCAUGGAUUACCAUUUUCCCUCUUUCCCAAUCCUGCUCAGCUCAUUCCUCUUUAUGUUUAUGGUGUUGAAAAUACUGAAAAGAAAAUCGAAAACCAUAAACUGUUCUUCGAAACUACCCCCGGGACCAUGGAAGUUGCCCAUCAUAGGAAAUUUGCACCAGCUUCUAGGCUAUUUGCCCCAUCAGGCAUUAAGAGAUUUGGCCAGGAAAUAUGGACCCUUGAUGUACAUACGAAUCGGACAGGUUCCAACUAUAGUGGUUUCUUCGCCGGAGUUUGCGAAAGAGGUGAUGAGAACUCAUGAUGCCAUCUUUGCAUCUAGGCCCCCCAUUCUUCUUUCAGAGAUCCUGCUCUAUAAUUCUACAGACAUCACCUUUUCCCCAAAUGGAGAGUAUUGGAGACAACUGCGAAAAAUUUGCAUACAGGAGCUCUUAAACACGGCAAGAGUUCAAUCCUUUAGACCCAUUAGAGAGGAAGAGAUGCUAAAUCUUGUAGGAUGGAUUGCUUCGAAUGCCGGAUCUACUAUCAAUCUCUCCGAGCGAAUCUCCUCUUCAAUACAUACCAUCACGGCACGAUCAGCUUUCGGUAAGAAAAGCAAAGAUCAAGAGGAGUUCAUGUUGAUCAUGAGGGAAGUUGUAAAGAUGGCGUCAGGUUUCGAUCUUGCGGACGUGUUUCCUUCUUUCAGUUUUCUCGAUCCUCUGAUUUUCGGUUCGAGGGCUAAACUCCAGAAGUUGCACCAGAAGUCUGACAGGAUAAUGAGUAGCAUCAUCAAGGAACAUAUGGAGAAGCAAGCAGCGAAAACUGGAGAAAGUCAAACAGUGACAGAAGACCUCGUAGAUGUUCUUCUAAAGUUUCAUAACAGUGACGUUGGAUUUUCACUAACAUCUGACAAUCUGAAAGCAGUAAUCUUUGACAUCUUCGGUGCUGGGACGGACACAUCUGCUACCUCUUUAGACUGGGCAAUGGCAGAACUGAUAAAAAAUCCAAGAGUCAUGAAGAGAGCACAAAAUGAGGUGAGACAAGUCUUUACCAGAAAUGGGUCGGUUGAUGAAACAGCUAUUAGUAAGAUGACAUAUUUGAAAGCUGUUGUAAAAGAGACACUAAGGUUACAUCUUCCUGCUCCCCUACUAUUACCAAGAGAAUGCGGAGAAAAGUGUGAGAUUAAUGGUUAUGAGAUACCUGCGAAAACUAGGGUCGUGAUUAACGGAUGGGCAAUCGAAAGAGAUCCUAGAUAUUGGUCUGACCCCGAGAGUUUUAUACCAGAGAGGUUUCUUGAUAGCCCUAUUGACUAUAAAGGAACAAAUUUCGAGUAUAUUCCAUUUGGGGCUGGAAGGAGAAUAUGCCCGGGCAUUGCGUUCGGGGUGAUUAAUAUUGAGCUUCCUCUUGCCAUAUUGCUAUACCAUUUUGAUUGGAAGCUCCCUAGUGGAAUGAAAAAUGAAGACAUAGACAUGACUGAGUUGUUUGGCCUUUCAGUUCGCAGAAAAGAUGAUUUGCACUUGAUUCCUGUUGCUUAUGACCCGUCAACUACUCGCUAAUGUAACAUCUGUUUGUUCGGAUCAUCCCUUGCUAACCAUGAUAAAAUGCGCGUGUUAUUUAAUAUAUAAAUCAUCAAAUGGCAUGUAGGACUAAUGUAUCGAAAAGUAACCGUCAAACAUCGGGACGUUAUCUUUUGGUGUUUUGUCUAUCAACGAGAAUGUUGCGGUUUUAAUGAAUUGGAAGAAUCAUCGGUCAAGUCUUUGCUAGGAAAUCUGGUUUUUUUCCACGCAUUCUAGUGAGUUUAUGUAUAUUCCAUGUUUCAUGAGAAAGCUUAGAAGCUUUAAGAGUAAUUAUUGUUAUGCAGAGCACUUUUUAUUC